GACAGGACAGAGAGCUUUGUCCUCCAUAACUUCAUUUUUAUUUGCGGUUUUUAUUAAUUUAUUUGUGCAAUUAGAUUUUAUUAAAGAAAAUUUAUAUUCAAAAGUGUGAAAUUUAAAAUAAUUAAUUUAAUAAUUUAAUAUAAUAAUUUAAAAAAUGGCUGCGGUUGAAGUGAGAAACGGUUGGAAAUCGUACUCCAAGGGGAACUUUAUUCUCAAUAAUUUCAACAUGCAGGUCGGCCGGGGAGAAAUUUAUGCACUCCUUGGAGCGAGUGGAUGUGGAAAGACUACCCUCAUGUCUAUCAUCGUUGGUCUUCGUCACCUGGACAGUGGCGACCUGACCGUGUUCGGAAGACAGAGAAACGGUUAUCUCGGUCACUUGUGUGGGUACAUGCCACAGGACAUUUCGCUCCUUAAUGUUCUCACGAUUGGGGAAGUUCUGCACCAUUUUGGCCUGAUUUAUGGCAUGUCGGACGUCGCGAUAGAAAAUAAGGUCAAGUUCCUCACCAAUUUUCUCGACUUGCCCCACACCUCAAGCCAAGUUCAGUGUUUGAGCGGGGGUCAGAAACGGCGGGUGUCUUUGGCCGCUUGUAUGAUCCACAAUCCGAACCUGCUCGUCCUCGAUGAACCUACCGUAGGCCUGGACCCCUUAUUAAGGCAAAGAAUAUGGGACCAUUUGUUCGAAAUCUCCCGUAGCGGGACUACCAUCAUACUAUCCACACAUUACGUGGAAGAGUCUAAACGCUGCGAUAAGGUGGGUUUCAUGAGAGGCGGGAAACUGUUAGCCGAAGAUGCCCCCGCUUCCCUGCUUUCCCGCUACGACGCCCCAUCUCUGGAAGAUGUCUCCCUCCACUUGGCCCGAUUGGAUGACGAAAACCCGCAAAACUAUGCCCUACCGGACAUUGGAAACCGGAAAUGGCCCCAUUCCAGGCGAGACGACGACCAAGAAUGUGGCGUCGUGAAGGCGAAAACGUAUCGUAAAUUGUCCAUUAGUCUGCACGACCACGUGGCCCACUCGCCCGUCAAUGUGGAAACGAACCAUGCCUCCAUCAUUUACGCGCUCGUGUUGAAGGCGUGGCAAAGGCGGAGGCGAAACUGGAGACUUCCCUUUAUCGAGCUUGGUUUGCCAGUUCUUAUCCUCUUCGUGUUACAAAAUACGGUCGGACUGGAGCCCCGAGACAUUCCAGUCUCGUUCGUCACGGGAAAUCCGAACGUCACGAAUAAUGCGGAGCUGCUCGAAUUUUGUGGACAAAACGUUACCUCGAAAUGUUUUGGAAACAUGGGAUUUUGCGAUUUUGUCAGAACCUUCGAAGAAAACGAGGUUGUUUGGAUGACAACAAAUUCGUUCGAAAGCGGGUUACAAGACAUUCACGACGGGAAAACCUUUGCAGUCCUGGCUUUUCCACAGAACUAUGAGUUUCACAUGAGGAACAGGAUACUUGAGAGGAAUUUUGCGGAUAACGAGACCGUUUCAGGAACCACGAUUUCCAUCAGGAUGGAUGAAUCGAAUGCGAUCAAAACGUCGUGGAUGAAGAAAACCAUUGCGACGAAGUACAUCCAAUAUCUAAACAGGAUCGGGACCGCGUGUGGCGGAGAUGACGAUAGUGACAUGAUCAAGCCUGCGGUUAAGUACACCGCCAUCUAUGGAGGACUUGGAGUUGAGAGCAUUGUGAAAUUCUCACAACCCGCGAUGCUAAUUAACACGAUGGUCUUCCUGUCCGUCAUGGUGGGUCUGGAGUGGAGUAUAGACCGCAUGGCGGGCUUAGAGGAUCGCGACCUUGCGGCCGGGGUGACGUUGGGACACCGCAUUUUGGCCUCCGUGGUGACCGACUCGAUCAAGAUUGUUCUCCAGAUGACCAUUUUUUUCGGUGCGAUGACCGCCGUGUAUGAAAUGGAGGUUCACGGGUCAUGGGUUUUGGCGGUAGGAAUCGUUUUCAUGGCGGCAAUGGAAGGAGUUGCGAUGGGCUGGAUGAUCGGAACUUUGCGAGAUUCAGACAUUGAAGCCAUCGUUUGCAUGGUGUUUAUCGCCAUUUAUCAAACAUUUGCGACAGGAGUAUUCUUCUCUCAGGAAGUUGCAUAUGAGUCUUAUCGUACCUAUGUUUGCAACUGGUUGCCAUCCACGUAUCCGAACGAGGCUUUCAGAUCCAUAGUUUCGCGAGGGUGGGGCCUGGAAAACCCUCAUGUGUCGAAGGGCUUCAUCGCCGCGGCGAGUUGGACUUUGAUUUCUAUUAUCAUUGUACUUUUAGUCGAACGAACGAAACGGAAAUAAAUAAAUUAUUCACAAUAA